AUGGAAGUUGCACGGUAUAUGUCCCUCAAAAAAGGAUCAAAAGAUAGAAAAAAGCUAUCAGAUGAGCUUCGGAAAAAAGGAAACUUUUUAUGCAAUAUAGGUGGUGAACAAAAUAUUAAACCAGUUAGGCGCCCAAAUGCGUUUUCUGAAACUUCUGACGCAACACAAUAUUUACCAUGUAGAAAUAAUAGAGCACAAGCCGACGCUCAUAAUAUUUUAUUGGCAUUUACUGACCAUGACACACAACUUAUUAAUGAAGUAUUUCCAAGAAUGGCCGUCGAUGCCAUUUCAACUGUUGCCAAGACAGAUCACCUUAUAAAAGCUUUCGGAUCAAGGUAUUUGAAAUGCCAUAAAGAGAAGCACCUAGUAAAUGUUGUAUCCCAAAAAAUGAGGACACUUGCUCGUCUUGUAAUUCAGAUGAAAGAUGAGGUACCGGGUAUUAAAUCUUUACAAGACUGUCUAGUUCCAAAAUAUUUUGACUACAUUGUAAAAUGUACUAAAAUUGUUGCUAAUCAUGAUACAUCCACAGAUACAUUUGGUUCACCUUCAGUAAUUUUAAAAAUGGGCAGCUCAUUGAAACAGUGCUGUGAUAAUGCAGAGUUUAAUCUUUUAAAAAAUUGUGACAACCUUGUAUUAGAUGAACAACAAAGAAAUAUCCAACAAUCAAUAAUAAAUAUGAGAUUUAUUAUUGAUAAACAAUGGUCAUAUGAGGUUUCAACAAAUGCCAGCAAAGAAAUGUAUCAGAAGAAAUGGAAUAAGCCAGCUUAUCUUCCUCUUACUUCAGAUAUAAUGCUAUUUAGAAACCACUUAAUAAAUAUUCAAAAUCAAAGUGCGAAAGCUUUAAAAAUAGAUUUUAAUAAUUUGAAAGCUUAUAAAGAAUUGCAAGAAAGUAUUUUAGCUCAAUUAAUUUUACUGAAUCGAAGAAGGUCUGGUGAAGUCCAACGCAUAUUUUUGGAAACUUACGUAUCUGCACCAAGUGAAGUUUCUCAAGAGGAGGUUGAGUCAUCUCUUUCCGAAAUGGAGCGUCAUCUUACAAAACAAUUUAAAAGGAUUGUGAUAAGAGGCAAGCGAGGUCGUGGUGUACCAAUUUGA